AUAAAAUCAAAGACAAAAUUAAAGAGAAAGACAAAGAAAAAGAGAGAGAAAAAAAGAAGCAUAAAGUAAUGAGUGAGAUCAAGAAAGAAAAUGGAGAUGUAAAGAUUUUGCUGAAAAGUGGGAAGGAGAAACCAAAAACAAACGUAGAAGACUUACAAAUUAAAAAAGUAAAGAAGAAAAAGAAAAAGAAACACAAAGAGAAUGAAAAACGGAAGCGUCCAAAAAUGUAUAGCAAAUCUAUUCAGACCAUCUGUUCAGGAUUGCUGUCUGAUGCUGAAGAUCAAGAAGCCAAAGGCAUCUUAAAUGAUAACAUAAAGGAUCACAUUGGAAAAUCUUUGGAUGCCAAGAACUGUGGUUCUAAAGUCCCUGAUAACAGGGACUUCCCAUUUGUCUCAUUGAAGGAAGCACGAGUUCAGAGCAACCUUAAGAGGUUGGACACCUUAGAGUUCAAGCGGCUCAUUCAUGCCGAGCACCAGCCUAAUGGAGGUGCGUCUGUCGUCCAUGCCUACAGUGACGAGCUCUCCUGCCUGUCUCCUGUGGAGAUGCAGAGAUUUGCGGAAGAAUUCGUGGGCUUAGUGUUCAGUGAAAAUGAAAGUUCUGCAGCUUACUAUGUAAUGGGUAUUGUUCAUGGGGCAGCUACUUAUUUACCCGACUUUUUAGACUACUUUUCAUAUAAUUUUCCCAAUUCACCAGUGAAAAUGGAGAUAUUGGGAAAGAAAGAUAUAGAGACAACGACUAUGUCCAAUUUUCAUGCUCAGGUAAAAAGAACAUAUUCUCAUGGUACUUACAGAGCUGGCCCCAUGCGACAGGUAAGCUUGGUGGGAGCCGUUGAUGAAGAAGUGGGAGAUUUCUUCCCGGAGUUCCUGGACAUGUUGGAGGAGUCACCAUUCUUAAAAUGCACAUUGCCUUGGGGAACACUAUCUAGUCUAAAAUUAGAGAGUCGGAAAGACAGUGAUGAUGGCCCCAUCAUGUGGGUGCGUCCAGGGGAGCAGAUGAUCCCGGUGGCUGACAUGCCAAAGUCACCCUUCAAAAGGAAAAGAACUACCAAUGAAAUAAAAAACCUUCAGUAUCUACCUCGAACCAGUGAGCCUCGGGAGAUGCUGUUUGAAGACAGGACGAGAGCUCAUGCAGAUCACAUAGGACAAGGCUUUGAGCGACAAACUACAGCUGCCGUUGGAGUGCUGAAGGCCGUGCACUGUGGACACAGGCCUGAUCAACCUCGAAUAACCAAAGAUGUAAUUUGUUUUCAUGCAGAAGAUUUCUUAGAAGUAGUUCAACGAAUGCAAUUAGAUUUACAUGAACCUCCACUGUCGCAGUGUGUCCAGUGGGUUGAUGAUGCAAAACUUAAUCAGCUGAGGAGAGAAGGCAUUCGUUAUGCCAGGAUUCAGCUGUAUGAUAAUGACAUUUAUUUUAUUCCGAGGAAUGUUGUUCAUCAGUUCAAGACAGUUUCUGCUGUAUGCAGUUUGGCAUGGCAUGUUCGACUUAAAUUAUACCACGCAGAGGAGGACACUUGUCACAGUACAGUUUCUCAUGAAGCAUGCAUCUCAUCAGGUCCCACAUCAUCAGUUCUCGGGCCUCACACUGACAACAGAGUUUGUGCUGUGAACCUUCAAACCUCAUCAGACUCUGUGUUUUCAGACAGGCUUCAUUCUAAAUAUGAGUUACAACAGGUUAAACAUGAACAUCCUGCAUCUAUACGAAUCAAGGAAGAACCUGUGAAAGUUAAUAUACCUGAAAAGACUAGAACACUGAAUAAUACAGAAGGCAAGAAUGUUAAGGCAAAGUUGGAUCAUGUUCAGUUUUCAGAUUUUCAGAUUAAUAUGGAUUCUAAAUUUGAAAACAGUAACAAAGACUUAAAGGAAGAAUUAUGUCCUGGAAGUCUCACUAAUAUAGUUGAUACAAGGCAGCAUAGUUCCAUACAUUCAAAUCAAGAUAAAAAUGAUGAUGACAAUUUGUGCUGAAUUUGUACAUUGCAUUUAAAAUUCCUUUUGAAAAAUAAUUUGUAAUAAUGAUUCAUGAGAUCUGAAAGCAAGCCUAGGAAUUGCUCUCAAGUCUGUUACAAAAUAUAGUUGAUGUAGCUUUGUAACAUUCCUCUGUGCCUGUCUGGAACUGGGAAGUUGGAGCACUUAGGUCCAGAUGCACUGUAAACACUGCAGGUAAACACAAAAGGAGUCUUUUAGAAAAGCCGUUUGAGUUGGAAUUGUAGGCUUUAGAAUGGAGCUGACAAAAUCAUAUAAAUAUAUUUUUUGUAAUAUGAGCCAGAAUUCUCUUUUGAUGAUUUGUUUUUACAUAGAGCUUAUUUAUACCGACUUUUUUUUUUCAUUUUAAAUGUCAGCACUGUAGUGUAAAUAGCUUUUAAGAAUCUUUUUAGUGUGAUUUCUAUUGAAAUGUGAGCCAUUUAAUAAAGGUUCGUAAUACUAAAUGCUUUCUGUUGAGUUUGCAAAAACAAACUGACAAUUCAGUUUAAUUGUUUGAUAUAUUGUGUUUCUGUUAAUAUAUACAUGUUGGGAGGUAAUGGAGGGAAAAUGUGUGUGUUCAAAUCUAGUAAAUAUUUAAAUUUUC